UUUCACUUUGCUCUUCCCCACUAUUAAGGCAGUCCUGGGAGACUCACAUCCUGGCUGUCUGGUCUCUUCAACAAACCGCAUUUGCUGAGAGCGGCGUCACAGGAAACUCUCUCCCAGAGAUAGCACAAGAAUCAGCUGUUGAGCUCCGUCUUUAUUUCUGCUUUUUUUUUCGGACUUGCUAUAGUCUCCGGAGCCCGCAGGCGGAGAGGAACAUGGGGCUCGGCUCUCUGAGCGGCCGCGGAAAGAAGAGAUGCGCUCUGAGGGAGCAGGUGAAGAUGUUUGUGAAACGCGUCAGGGGAAAGAGAGACCCCAGUGGCAGGGAGGAGACGGACCCCCUGCUGCCACUGGGAGAGAGCACAGCCCAGCAGCCCUCUGACGUGGAGGCCCAGGUGCAGGCUUGUCUGUGGGACGGCAGGCUGGUCGAGGCGUGUGUCUGUAUCCAGGAGGCAGAGAGGGCAGGGCACGCACCAGCCACCCAGCUGUACGGGGCCGUCAGCUGCCAGGUGCUUGGCAUUCUGGCUGAAGCGCUGUCCGGCAACCCAGCUUGCCUGGAGAGGAUGCCAGCUGCUGUUGAGGCUAUCCUCUGGGGUCAAAAGUGCUGCCUGGACCAGCAGGGGAAAGGACCAAGUUAUGCUCCAGUGAACUGGCGCCAACAGUUCCACCAGCUGGUGGAGAAGUCGGUAUCCAGGAAUAUCCCUCAGCUGCCCAGCCCAGACUCGGGAAGGACACUGCAGGCCUACCUAAGGGAGGUCCAGGUCACUGUGCUGUCUGAGCUGCUCCAGCUUGCUCCCUGCCUCAAGCCCGCCAGGCUGCUGGGCUGCAUCGUCAAGAGCUACAACAAGCACAUCUUCCAGCAGCUGCAGCAGGCGCUGGGCAGGAGCCUGCAAGUGUCCGAGAUCUUCCUGCUCCUGGAGUGGGUGGCGCGUGUUUAUCACAGGUGA